CCAUGGUAUUUGAAGAGAGAACCACGGUCCUACGAAGAUAGCUUUAUCAAUUAUUUGCAAUCAAUCCUGAACAGUGUUCAAUAACAGGAAAUCACAAAGUUUGGGACAAAGAGAGUCUUCUUUUAUAAUUCAUAUAUUGAAUGUUAAGGGGAAAAUCGAUCCUUUACAUUGUCUCUUAAUGUUUUGAAAGAUGAAUAUUUUAUUUGAAAUGGGUUUCUGACAUUUAAUGCAUUUUAUUAUACUCCUUUGCAUAUAGAUUUCCAUUUUCCUCCAACAAUGUAUUGUAGCGAUGAUGUCACGUUAUUUCAAGAAAGGCGCCACAUCAAUAAUGGUAGGGCGUUUUUUCACGUGUAAUGAACCGUAAAUAACAGACUAUGGAAAAUGGCAGGAUCUAGAUCAGGUGUUGUGACACGCUGGCAAGCUGAGAAAGGUUUCUGUUUGGCUGAUCCAAUACCAUGGAAACGGGUCCGAGUAAACAGUCCACCGACUUUAAACGAAAGAUCUCAUAUCCUUCGUCCUUUUUAUGUCACUUUCGAGUAUGGGGCGCCUGAAUUGAACCUAUAUAAACGCAUUUCCUCGGAGGUGCAGUAUUUCUGGAAGAAAGAACGGGAAGCGCUAAAGACAGUUCCUGAACCAAAAGAUGGAAUAUAUUUCAUCAUCGAUGACAAAGAAAAUGCCAAGAAAUUGUGCCUGGAAUUCUUUCAAUUUUCAACCAAAACAACCCAGUAUAAGCAAUAUGAAGAAGAGUCUUUCGAUAAAGAAUCUGUUUUUGUGUGUUAUCUUGGAUAUUCGUUUUGGGAAGAUAAGAUCUCUUUUGAUUCUUUAAACUCCUUGGUGAAGGACAUUGACAGAUCAAUGCUGUUUUUCAUUGUCGAUUCUGAUUUUGAUAUUGAAAAGAAAAUCAAGUUGGUCGUCAGGAAAGCCCAAUGUCAUGCAUCACAUGUCCUGAGAGCGAACGGUGACAAAUCAAUAAUUUAUGAUAAAUGCUAUUUGAAAUUAGAGAAAACACUUGACAAUAUCACAUCGUAUUUGAAAGGAAAAACUGCAACACGACAAAUCAGCGGAUUUGUCAAACAACUUGGAGAACUUAAAGAGAAACUUUUUACAAGGAAAUCCCUCGUACACUCACAACUUUCAAAAGAGUGUGUGAAAAAGAUUAAAGCUGGACGAAAAUAUGGGGUCGCUGGAUACAGGCUUUGUGAUGGAACAUUACACAUUUUCUCUAGUAAUCAGAAUCCAAAUUUCAAAAACAAACUUGAAAAAACUAUAAGAAUGCACUUUCAUGGGAUGAUAGAAUUUCAGUUGAUAAAAGAAGCGUUAAAUCCUCAGUGUAGGAUCAAAUGUGGUGGUGAAAUUGUAAAUGAAGAAAAAAAGAUUCAAGGGAGCUUAGGAAUGUUUGGAGAAGUUUCAAGUCAACAAAAUCAUGAUGAGACUUUUUCAAACGUUGUUGCCAUUACAUCUGGUCAUCUUUUCAAAGAAGGGGAUCUUGCAAAAGUGCAGCAUCUCGAGCAAAGGAUUGGCCGCUGCAUUUGGCCGAAUGAAAAUAUGUAUGAAAUGGGAAGAUCAGUUGAUAACGUGCAUGAUGUGUCCGUUAUAUCAAUACAUAAAUCAGUACUUGGGUUAUUAUUGAAAACCAUUGAAGGGUUGAACGAAAAGGUUCUUGUUUAUGGACAACCUCUUUCAACACUGACCGACAGGCUGGUAUUUAAGUAUGGCGCGACUACAUCAAAAACAGAGGGAUUCGUCCAGAAAGUAAGCGACUUUGAAUUAUUUGAUGGCGAGGUUAUGGUUAUAUUACCGCAUGUUGCUUUUGAAACAUUUUCCGACAAAGGGGACAGCGGAUCUAUCGUUUUGACAAGAGUUGGGGACGAUCUAUACGCUGUUGGUAUCAUAUAUGGUGGAGAGUUAAACCUUCUGAAUGCGGAGUGCUUCAGUGCAAAAAAUGAGACAAUCGCAGCUAGCCUCCGAGUGGCUCUUGAUCGUUUCACCAAGGCAACUAAGAAAUAUAUUACAUUCGACACAAUAUAGCGUGGCUUGAGAGUGUUAUCAACAUUUCAAUUCAUCAGAUGUACCUUCAUUGAACUAUUUGUUUACGAAAUACCAUUAUUAUCUAUCGACGUGUUUAAUAUGCCGAAACUACAGAGUAAAAGAAGAACAGUAUCUUGGCAACUCAUCAAAUUAAAAAAAAACUGAAAUUUUCUAUGAAAGAUAUUUUAAUUGAAUGCAAGGAGUAUAUAAUCCACCAAUCAAGAUCAUUAAAUUAGAAAUAACAUGAAACUUUACAUUACAGGAGUUAUGUCUUGUUAGAUUUACACUUUAUGAACACCUCAAGCCCUGCAAAAGUUUAAUAUUUCAUUGAAACUCACAUUGUUUUUUUUUUAAUCUUGGAUCUGCAGAUUUUUGAAGGCGAAAAUGUUCUUGAAAAGAAUUUGUUUAUCAUUAAUGCCGAAAAUUACAAACAGGACACAGCGAGCUCUUUCUUGGCCCCAUGGGCCUUCUGGAUUUGUAACAGUCUCCUACGAAGACCGCCCUAUUGUGUUGUUAAACCUGGAGACUUAAGGGUCUUCUCCUUAUCAAAAAUUCUUCAUAAUUAUACAUAUAACAAGCUUUCUUAAAGAAUACUGUUUAAACGUAUUAACUAAACAUUGAUCACUCUUUUUGAAUGUGCAGUGUACAUUUGAUAAAAUAUGUGGAUUAUAAAAACUGAUUGUAGCUAGAUUGAUGGCAUUCUUCCAUGCACAUUUAUAAAUGUAGAAAAUCCACUUUUCCCCCAAAAGUUUUAAAUGUAGAAUUUAACUUAUAAAUGUACAAAGUGACUUUUUAAAGAUAUCAAUGUUUCCUUUUUCAGUGGUAAAUAUUUUGCGACAGGGGAUGUUUACUUUUUAAUGCACCUGAUCCCAUCUCUAGAAUCCCCAGGGGUCACUGCUUAUGUCCUGGUUAGAGAUGUUUAUUGUUAUAGUUCUUAUGGAUCGAUCAGUGUUGAUCUUUUUUCAUUUUUUUAGUGCAGCUAUGUUCACCAUUACUCUCCAUACCUACACAGUAUUAUUAUUACUUGAUUCUUACAUUUGUAAACAUUUUUAUUGAAUUUUACCUUAUAGAUUUAUUCCCUUGAUUUUUAUUAUAAAUACAUUGUACUAAAUAUGU